GGAUAUGGAUACCAAACCUCUCCUGACAGCCGAUCUUGGAGCGAAGCCUCCACCUGUUGUCCCAAAGGGUCAUUUCAGGAUGCAUGACUUCCCCGAACUCCUUUCAGAGUCCUACUUAGCUAGCAGGGGUUGAAUUUUAUUUCUUCCACUGGGAUGGUUCCCGCGUUGUUUGCUACCACUCCCAAAGUCCAGUCUUAUUUCGGGAAGGUUUUCCCCCUUCUCUUCCCUUCCAAAAAAAUUAAUGUAAGGAUUUCUUUCGCUGCUGCAAUCGAAGGGUCUCAAACAGCAUCCUAGUGGAUACAACUUGGGAUGUGAAGACCUGAAGAAAUACAGUCUGUCUAGUUUUUGAGACCAAGACUGUAGAUAUCCCUGCCACCUUGGGCUCAGAGGAUGGCAAGCAAAGAGAGGUUCCCAGAAGUGACUGAUCUAUGAAAUGGCAGAGAAUGGAACAGAUUGUGACCAGAGGCACAUAAAAAUGGGCAAAGAACAGCACAAUGGAAACUUUACAGAACCCUUUUCACUGAGUGAACAGAAGCAAAAAGAGCGAGAAGAGCGCCAGGGCAUCGUUCUCUGGAGGAAGCCCCUUGUUACCUUGCAGUAUUUUUUCCUGGAAACGUUAAUAAACUUGAAAGAAUGGACCAUAAAGCUAUGGCAUCGGCGAAGUAUCGUGGUGUCUCUUUUACUACUGCUAGCAGUACUUACGUCUGCGUAUUAUAUUGAGGGAGCACAUCAACAGUAUGUGCUAUAUAUGGAGAAGAAGUUCUUAUGGUGUGCCUACUGGGUAGGCUUAGGCAUUCUGUCUUCGGUUGGACUUGGAACCGGUCUUCAUACGUUUCUGCUUUACUUGGGUCCACACAUAGCAUCAGUGACACUGGCUGCUUAUGAAUGUAACUCUGUGGAUUUCCCCGAACCGCCCUAUCCUGACCAUAUUAUCUGCCCCGAUGAAGAGGGAGUCGAAGGAUCGAUUUCUUUGUGGACCAUCAUCUCGAAAGUCAGGCUGGAGGCCUGCAUGUGGGGUGCUGGUACAGCCAUUGGAGAGCUGCCUCCAUACUUUAUGGCCAGAGCGGCCCGUCUCUCUGGAGCGGAGCCUGACGAUGAAGAAUAUCAAGAAUUCGAGGAGAUGCUGGAACAUGCGCAAGCUGCACAAGACUUUGCCUCACGUGCCAAGCUGGCAGUCCAGAACCUUGUUCAGAAAGUUGGGUUUUUUGGCAUCCUGGCAUGCGCUUCAAUUCCAAACCCUCUCUUCGACUUGGCGGGAAUAACAUGCGGUCACUUCCUGGUUCCCUUUUGGACUUUCUUCGGUGCCACCCUGAUUGGAAAAGCAAUAAUCAAGAUGCACAUCCAGAAACUUUUUGUGAUCAUUACAUUCAGCAAACACAUAGUGGAGCAGAUGGUGUCUUUAAUCGGUGCUGUCCCCAGCGUAGGUCCGUCCCUUCAGAAGCCCUUUCAAGAAUAUUUGGAAGCUCAGCGGAUGAAGCUCCACCAUCGAGCAGAUGGAGCUCCCCAGGGUGAAAACUGGCUCUCUUGGACUUUUGAAAAGUUGGUCAUUGUCAUGGUGUGCUAUUUCAUCUUGUCCAUUAUCAACUCCAUGGCCCAGAGUUACGCCAAGCGCCUCCAGCAGCAGACGUAUUCGGAGGAGAAAACCAAAUGAGUUUAACGGAGGAGGGGAAAGGGGGAGACGGACCCCAGUUUUCAUUGGGAUGACCAGCUUUGCAUUACAAACACACACACAAAAAAUGGCAUUAUUUGAACAAGUGGGAGGGAAGGGAGGGACGGGAGGUGUUUCUUGCCCUUUGGAUUCCUACGGUCAUUUUUAAAACGUAGUAACUCUGCCAUUAGUUAAACGAUUCUCAUCGACUGCCGUUUGUACGUAAAAAGGUAAUGUCCGUGCUCUUUGUUUAAACGUCAUCCGGGUUGAACGGGUGCCAAGCUCCCGUUUUAACGUAGGUGCUUUCCACUGAAGUUACUACUUCCUAAAUCGCUGGUUUGUUUUUAUUUUUUAAAUCCGGUCAGAGCAACUUUAUUUAGUCAACGUACAACCCUGGGUACCACUCGGUUUAACGUUCACGGGUGGCAGGGACACCUUUUCCCGAACUGCAUAGGCCCACCUUGGUUUUAACAGGUAUAGCCUUAGACUGGCCCUCAUUUUGAUAUCUAAAAGUACUUGAAAAUAUUCAAUUUCUCAAUUUUACCUUUCAUUUUGAGAUGUAUACAGCAGACAAAUACAGGACAGGUGGGUAUAGAAAUGUUAAAAUAUCGUAACGGUUGGAAAGCAGGGAGACAAGGCGGUAUCUGGCUGCUCAGCAUUCUGGUUUUCUUUAAGUCUGUAUAUUUAGAAUGAUGGUAAGGCGGUAAAUACAUACAUACAUAUGUAUAUAAUCUAUAAAAUCAUCUUGGAUCAUUCCAGACAUUCUCGUCUUGGUCUUUUAAAGCAAUCCCCGGUUCGUCCUUUCCUCCUCCUCCUUCACCUUUUUGUGUCCUUUCCCUUUCUUCCUCCUCCUCGGAUUUUUCUCUGCGAACGUUUAGUCCCUUUCGUUGGCUGCUUUACUGCGAUCUUCCAGGAGGCUUUUGUUCUUGGGUUUUGCCAGGAACGGCCCAAGGCAACAGAAAGCACAGACCCGGAAACGGUUGGGUUAGUUUUAUUUAUUUAACGGACGAGUCUCUCUGAUCUUUAGGGGUGCGGCUUUUUGUCCUUUUUGGUUCGUGUUUUUUAAUCAUUAACUCUUGCCAUGUUUGGUGGCAUCGUUGGGAAAUGCACAAGAAGACGUUUUGUAAGGUACGGGGAGAGGUACAGCGUUCAAAUAUAUCUUUAAGAUGCCUUUUUUUUUUUUUACAAGAAAAGAAAACCACAGCAGCGAUUACACAACUGUGUUUCUUGGGUUCUGUUGUAACUCCUGGAGUACAUUCAGCAUUCAUUGAUAGAGCAUACCCUUUGCAUGCAAACAGUCAUAAAAGUAAUCAAGGAAAGAGACCUAUCUGAAACCCUGAAGGAUCAAUGUAAAUAUUACUUUGUGAAGUCGAAGGCUUUCAUGGCCAGCAUCCAUAGUGUUUUGUGGGUUUGGGGGGCUAUCUGGCCAUAUUCUAGAAGAGUUUAUUCCUGACGUUUGAUGCCAGAUGCUGGCGAAACAUCAAGAAUAAACUCUUCUAGAACAUGGUCACAUAGCCCAAAAACCCCACAAAAAUACUAUAUUACUUUGCUAGUUGGAUGCUAGUGGUUAGACUCACAAUAACCCAGCUUACCUGUUCCUGUUUAAAGCAAACAACUCUUUUUGUAGUCUACAAAUAUUUGUCCCAUGACAAAAUUUGAAUGUUUUUAAACGUUGCUUGUCAAAAACCAUUCCGUCGGGUCUUUACUGAGACCACGAGGACUAUGAUCUUGCUUUAUUUUUUAGUGAAGAACCAACGUCUGUUUCGCACGCAGAAGGUCCAACUUCUCUCACCAUGAUCUCCAGGUGGGGCUUCCAAAGACCCUCUUUCCCUGGUUGCCUGGAGAGGUGUUGCUACAGGUAGCUUUCCAUAUAUAAGAAAUGAGCACUGAUACUUUUCCAAAGUAUAUGAUGUGGCUCCUUAUAGAGUUACCCUCUUUCUCACCAUCCCAUUUUGGCGUUUGUGCAAAUCGAUUUAGAUGCAACGCCGUACAGACUCGCAUCCUCAACAUUGUAAUGCAGAGUCGCACCACUGUCUAUUCACUGUGCCUUCUGUUUCAUUGGUUUCUGAGUUUCCCAAUCCCCUUAAAUCCCAUCUAACUAGCUUUCCCUUCUUUUCUCAUAAUGUAGAACCUGAGUGAGCAGUCUGCCGCUGGUUUGCCUUUUAAGCAUUCUUAGAAAAGUUGCUGGGGGGAAAUUUGAGAAUCCCUUCCGCUCCCCAACUUCACUUGAGCAUAUCCCACAGUUUAUCUGUAGGUUGCAAAGCAAACACCCUUCAGUAAAUGUUGUGUUUCUCUCUCACACAAUUCUGUUAUGGAGAAAGGCCUGGACUGGCUAACCAAGGGGCCUUCCAGAUGCGUUGGACUGCAACACCUAUGGUCCCCCAUCCCAACAUGCUGGUGAGGAAGAUAGGGAGGUGCAGUCCACACCGAAAGCAUUUUUGCAACUUGAUUUUGAGGAUCCCAUGUUAAGAGGGAUUUGCCUUGGGAUGCUGGAUGGUUUUCAUGCAGAUGUGCAUUCAAUGGUCUUGUCCAGUGUGUUAUGUGUGUGUGUAUUUUGUGUUCACACCUGCUUGUGUCGCCCGCCUGCCUCCCGUUGUGACACCUCCAUGGCUUGUACCUUUCUGUCGGAUAGCUUAUCAGACUGAUGUUGACUGUUGGAUGUCAUGGCAACAACAGUCGGUAGGCUGUCUGACAUUUUGGUAUCUUUCAUCUUGACUGUUGUCUACCCACCGUCAACCUAAACUGUCCAACGUCCGUCCGCCAGUAUCUUUAAGGAUGUGUUUUAGGAAACGGAUCCCGCUUUUGAUAGUCUUCAGUAUCCCGGGAUGUGUCUCGGGGAGACUGUUUUUCUUUCUUACAAGGCUCUUUCUACAGGUAGGUUUUCAGAGGAGUUGAAAAAGCUUGUGGAUCCAAAAUGGUGGAUGUGGUUGGUUUUCAAAGCAUUUUAUUUUAAAUGAAGAGAACUGGGGGAAGGAACAAAAACUUUGACAGCUCAGAAGCAUGGGAGAAAUGCUAGUUUGUGACUAAACCGACCACAAAGCUUCCUCUGGUUUGCAUCGUCUCCGUUCUCCAUCCCGUGAAUGGAAGAGGAACUCUGUUCAUGGAAUGGGGACUUUCCUCCUCCUUCCUUCCUUUUGCAACCUCAAAGCAACAACUCACCCACCCCUUGAAGAAGCCAGAGUAUUUUACUCUCUCACGACGCAUCCUUUGGAUCCAAACCUUUGUUUUUAAUUUAUCUUAGUUCCAAGGAACUUAAUUUCUCUUUCUCUCUCUCCUCCGUGUUUGUGCAGUCAGUUCUCCAUCCUAGUUGAAUGCAUCACGUCUCCUUUGACCAAGGCAUUGGCCUGGCCUGUGUUGGAUCUCACUAGCCUUUUGCCCCUGAUGCUUUCUUAAAUUGUCACUUGUGUGUUGAGGAUUGUUGUACGUUGAUGGUUGUUGGGCACGUUGCCACUCACCCUAGUAUAGUGAACCCAGAUUUACUAAGGUGGAUUGACCCUGCUGGCCCUAGCAUCAUGUUUGGGUACAGAGUUAACGUUGUGUCGCAAAAUUUAUACUAACCGUGCCUAUUUGUUUGUGGUUCUGAAAUCUCCCACGGUGGUUGUUUUUGACACGUUUGACCUGUUUCGUUCAUUUCUGUGGCUGAAAACCAGACCUUUCUUCUCUGUUAUCAUUCAAUAAAAGGACACUGAGUGACAUCUAUAAAGUCUUGGGGUUCGUGGUACCUUUGCAAACUGGAUCUACAUGUUGUGAUGCUGGAAUAUUUCUCAUGUUUGACAAAUAAUGGGACGAUGAGAGAAAUUUGGGGGGGUCGGGGGGAGAAGUAACCAAACAAGAAGGAGGCAUUGAUGCCCAUUCUGCUACACACAUGGAGUCUCACUUUGCUUUUCGAUUUUGAAAGCACCCUUGGUGACCAGGAAAGCCAUAGCAAUGCAUUGCUGGCUAAAGAAUUAACAAUGCUCUUUGGGAAGAUGAUGUUGGACUCUAACUCCCUUCAACCCCCAGCCAGCAGGGACUGAGGCGAUGGGAAAUGUAGUCCGCCAACACCCAAAGGGCCACACAUUCCCAUCCUCAUGUCCAAACACUACAUCUCAAAUGUAGCAAAUGCGGGGAUGUGGAAAUGCAGUGUUUUCUCAUGGCAUGUUUUCUCAACCAGCCAAGUAACACUGGCUUGCCUUUUUAAAAAAUGCGGUGUCCCCAGCCCCAUAUUCCAUGCUCUAUUUAUUAACUUUCCUUACACCGGGUUUAUCACACCCAGAUUGCCUUUGCUGAUGCCAGUCGCAUAAGAAGCAUGCAUUUUAGGGUACAUGUUUUUUAAAAGCGAAACCAUUGUGCGCAUUAUGAAACAUUUUUCGUGGGCACUGUAAGGUCUUUUCGGACCUUCCUUCCGAUCUCCGGUCAUCGGUCUAGGACAGGAUUGGCCUCUAAGAGGUAUGCAAUUUGGAAUACCUUUAGUCAGCAGGAUGAUGGGAGCUGUAGUGCAGUGAUGUCUGGAAGGCCACAAGUUGCCCAUUCAUGGUCUAGGAGAAGGCAACCGAACCUUGGCAUCCACUCUGGUGAAUGGUUUAGGAUGGAUCUAAGAAAAGGAGAAUGUUACAUAGCUCAAAAAUGAAGGCUUCCUUAGUAGUAGUAGUAGUAGUAGUAGUAGUAAUAGUAAAUUUAUUAGGACAAGCUUCUGUUCUUCAUCCCCACCAUUCUGCAGUGCAUCAUUUAAUAGGUGCCCCAGACAUUUGUCUUCGAUUUGUUAAAAUCUGGACUAUUAAAGGAUUCAGCAACUCUUUAACAGAAUAAUCCAUCUAUCAGUCUUCUGUAAGGAUGUGUGUGAAUACAUUGUGUGUGUGUGUGUAGGUAAAUUAUUUUGCUAGAUUGAUUGUAGUAUUGUUUUGUUUGAUGCCGACUCUUGAGAUCUGGUUUCACGUGCCUCUUUCGGGUCAAACGCAAAGAUGAAAUCGGAGGAGAGGGAAUGUUUCUGUGUUGAGGUACAACGGGGUGAAAAUGUAAAAGAGAUUCCAAUGUUUUUAUUUUCUAAUGCAAAUACAUGCCUUGAUGUUCGGUCAAGUAAUAAAGGAAUACAAAUUGCA